AUGUAAAAUAUCCCAUCUCCAUGGCGGCUAUUUCCAGAUCUCCAUGACAACAUUUUGCACUGGUGAAAAAUUCGAUACUAGGGCGCUUGGAGGCUGAUUGGGGUGCAUUGAGAGGACCUGGGGUCGCUGAUUGGUUCAAGAGAAGCCCCAUAACUACAAGGAGUUUAUAUCAAAUCAACUUGUUGAAGCACUCAGAUAGACUGGAGGGAAGUUAGUUGUGUUGGACUGCAUGGAUUCACUCAACAACGCUACACGCUUAAUCAUGGACUAAAAGACUUGGACAAGCAUGGCGAAUGCAGACAGUGAAGUCAAAACAUUGCUCAAUUUUGUCAAUUUGGCAUCCAGUGACAUUAAGGCGGCUUUGGAUAAAUCUGCUCCCUGCCGGCGCUCCGUGGAUCACCGGAAAUAUCUUCAAAAACAACUUAAGCGCUUUUCCCAAAAGUACUCCAGAGCUCCAAGAUGCCACACGCACAGAUCUGUGGAUUACAAGUGCGCUAAGCCGGUGGGAACCGUUCACCAGAGCGCGACGGUAUCAGAGAAGGCCAGCUCUGACGUUCAAGACGAGAGCGCGGGAAGCACGGUGGAGCAGGUGCCAAUGAGGAAGCGUCAGCUACCUGCCUCAUUUUGGGAGGAACCCAAGCUGACCAACGCGGAGAACGCGUUGAUGAGACUUAAAGGCAGCCCCGCAGGCAUGUGUGAAGGGAGCGCAAAGGAAAAACAAAAAACGGUUCAUGUUGACCCAAAAGUCCCUGCGCCCGGCCGGCGCAGCUGUACGGAUAAAGAGACCCUGAAAAUGGAUCUGAUCUCUCCUGUGUCUUUAAGUGUUUGCAGCUGCUGCCCCUUCCAGUACCACGGUCAACACGUUGUACACAGCCACAUCGUUGUCCCCCACCCGCCCUUGGGACUGUGGAGCAAGGCAGCAAAUGAUUUAGGGAGACCUGAUCAUCUUUAUGAACAGAAAAUCCACACGCAUGUUGUGGUCAAACCGAUCCCGACCAAGCCUGCAGCCCAGACUCCGAUCUUUAGUGUGUUUGGAUUAAUCUAAGUGGCAUAAUAAGACACAAUAUAAUUCGAUAAUUGUGUGUUGUUUACCCAGCAUUUUGUUUUUAUUGUUAUUUUUACAUUAAAAUGAUCAAGCACUUA